AGCAGAAACGGAGACCAACUCAAGCCUACAGUCUUCAUCGUAAGGUCAUUCGCCAUGAAGUCCUGCGUUAUCUUGGCGCUCGUCAUACUUGGGCAUCUGUGUCAAAUUCACGCAGCCACGCUCAGCAAGCCGGCAAAGAACACAGACGACGCAACAAAAAGACUCACGGAAAAAAUUUCCCAUUCCCUCAUGGAGCACCGUGAUGACAUCAUCGAAGCAUUCAAGGCACACGAGAAGUCUGUUAACAGCUUCGGCGACGAAACCGAUGAACAGGCAAUUCCGGCCAUAGUUUUGGCAAUCGCGGCGGCCAUUGCAAACGCUGCGGUAUCUGGCGCUGUUGGCGCUGGUGUCUCGGCGGCAAUUAGCAGAGGCUGAACG